AAUGGUACUUAUAUAUUAUAAACCUUUAGCCAUCUGCUCAAACCAUGAAAUUGAGAAGUUAAAAUUAUCAAGGAAACAUUAACAAAUAAGGAAAAGUUCCUAAAUCAUUGAUUGUAAUCAAAAUUAAUAUUUCUAAUAGAAAAAAGAAGAAAAUCUUCCUGUAGGCCCAAUUCUUUUAGGUGUAUUCUUGUUUGUGGUGGUUGGUUCUGGUAAAUUAUGAAAUAAAAGAUUUUAGCUUUAUUCUAAAUACUUAAUGUUGCUUCAAGUGGAUAAGAAAUUUGAU